CUGGCAACACUGCUAUGAAUUUGUAUUUUCGUGAAAACAAAUUAUUCCAAACAAUGACCUUAACAAAAACAGUCGACCAAAUGACGAUUUUAAGUGGUGACAGAUCAAAAUUAAAAGACUUGCUUUGCAAUCGCUUGGCUGAAUGCGGUUGGCGCGAUGAAGUUCGUCUAAUGUUCCGCGCUAUCAUCAAAGAGAAAGGUAACAAUACAAAAGUGGAACAAUUGAUUACGGAGGUAACACCGAAAGCAAGAGCACUAGUACCAGAUGCCGUAAAAAAGGAGCUGCUUAUGAAAAUCAAAGCAAUUCUAGCCGCGCAAGAGGGCAUAGAUUUAUAGCUUACCACAAGGACUUCAAAAAUUUGAAGCUCUUACAAUAACCACAAUUGCUGACGGGACACAUUUUCAUUUGGACAUCAUCACCCACUUUUAUAAUAGCAGCCAUUCCACUUUCAGAAUGUAUCGAAAUGUGACAGUGUAAAAUCCAAUAUCCGGGAUUAUUUGCAUAAAAGCGUAUUAUGGUGUAUCCAUAUGCUGGUACUUGCACUGUAUCCUUAAGCGGUGCUUUACUCGUGCGCCUGGGUAAGGGAUUUUUCCGAUCGAUUUCCUGUACCUUAAAUUAGAAGAUUUUUUUGCAUUAAAUUCGAGAAAAAUGUAGUGUGUUCUGGUAUACACUUUUACAUUUCCCUUGAAAACAAUUUGCCAAAACAAAUUGCUGGUGGUGAAAAACUUCUUUGAUUUUAUUUUAGAAAAUUUAUGAUGUAAAUUUACUAAUAAUUACAAGGUGCUUCAAGGGGUGAGAUGGAAGGUGAAUCCUAGAACAUACCAGAAUAUAAAAAAUGAAUUCCUCUUCCCCUGGAAAGUGAAUCCUAGAACAUACCAGAAUAUAAAAAAUGAAUUCCUCUA